UCAGCCCGUAUCUGUUUCUCUCUUUUCUUUCAGUGGACGCCCGGACACCAGCACGCGGAGUUGGUUUUGCUUUUUUUUUUUUUUAACGACUUUACAAACUCUCUUAUCUGGAAUUAAAAGACAAAAAGAAGAAACGAAUUGCAUCUUUUCUGAACAAAAACAGCAAAAAAAAAAAAAACCUGAGAAAAAGGAGCAUUUGAGAAAUAAAAACAAACUGGUGUAUAAAAGACAAGCACAGAGUGAUGAGUCGCAGUAUUGUGCGCCAGAGUAAGUUCCGGCAUGUUUUUGGUCAAGCUGCGAAGGCGGAGCAGAGUUACGAUGACAUUCGGGUUUCCAAGGUGACGUGGGACAGCUCGUUCUGCGCAGUCAACCCGAAGUUCCUGGCAGUUAUUGUGGAGUCCAGCGGAGGAGGAGCCUUUUUGGUUUUGCCCCUUUCAAAGGCGGGACGUGUGGAUAAGAACUAUCCCCUGGUGGUGGGACACUCUGGGCCUGUACUGGACAUUGACUGGUGUCCUCACAAUGACAACAUCGUGGCAAGCGGCUCAGAAGACACCACUGCCAUGGUAUGGCAAAUCCCAGACCACACUCCAACCCGUGCCAUCAGCGAGCCUAUUGUGGUUCUGGAGGGCCACUCCAAACGCGUAGGCAUCGUCAGCUGGCACCCCACUGCCCGCAACGUCCUUCUCACUGCAGGCAGUGAUAAUCUGAUCAUAAUCUGGAACGUGGGCAUCGGAGAGCCGUUGAUCACGAUGGAAGAUCACCCAGACCUCAUCUACAACGUCAGCUGGAACCACAACGGAAGCCUGUUCUGUACGACUUGCAAAGACCGCCGCCUUCGCGUUUGCGACCCUCGCAAGAGAGAGGUGGUGGCUGAGAGAAUGGCGCCACAUGAGGGCAUCAGGCCCAUGAGAGCCAUCUUUACCAGAGAAGGUAACAUCUUCACUACAGGCUUUACCAGGAUGAGCCAGAGAGAGGUUGGCCUCUGGGACCCGACAAAUUUCGAGGAACCCAUUGCACUUUUGGAGUUGGACACGAGUAAUGGCGUCUUAUUGCCUUUUUAUGACCCAGACACCAGCAUGGUGUAUCUGUGUGGUAAGGGGGACAGCAGCAUCCGCUAUUUUGAGAUCACGGACGAGCCUCCCUAUGUGCACUACCUCAGCACAUAUAGCAGCAAGGAGCCACAGCGAGGCAUGGGCUUCAUGCCCAAGAGAGGAGUUGAUGUUAGCAAGUGUGAGAUUGCCAGAUUAUACAAGCUUCAUGAGAGGAAAUGUGAGCCCAUCAUGAUGACAGUCCCUAGAAAGUCAGAUCUCUUCCAGGAUGACCUCUAUCCCGACACAGCAGGUCCGGACCCUGCGCUGGAGCCUGAGGAGUGGCUGGAGGGGCGAGAUGAAGAGCCCAUCCUAGUCUCCAUGAAAGAUGGCUACAUUCCCCCAAAGAGUAGAGAGCUGAAGGUGGCCAAGAAGAACGUCCUGGACACCAGGCCUGCACCGCGCAGGAGCAUGUCUUCUGUCGACGGAGGCAGCUUGCCGCCUCAAUUGUUGGAAAAGCUUAUAGAGGAGAUUCAGAGUCUGAAGGCUGCAGUUCUGUCUCAAGAAAAGCGAAUCUGUGACUUAGAGAAUAAGCUCUCCAAGUACAGCAACGGCACUGUGUGAGCGAUACAGUAAAGCACAAGCACCCCUGUACCCACUGCCCAAACACCCCGACCCCUUUAUAUACAUGCACAUAUAUAUUCAUCAUUACCACAGCAUUCACACAAGUGCAUUCACGAUUAAACAACUGCUGUUAAUCAGGCUUUAAGCUAAAUUUUAACACACUCACCGUACGUCUUUUCCGAAUAUAGAACAUGUAAAGGGACGAUUAUUGCACGUAUAACUCAAAAUGAUAUACGCUCACCAGCCACAUUAAUUUGAACCCCUGUGUACCUCAAUAUUCUUGUCAUUAUCCAAUCAGCCAAUCAUUUCGCAAGAUCCUGCAUAUACAUACAGAUUGGAAGAUCAUCACUUGUUCAUUUUGGGUGAGCCUGUCCCAAGCAUCAGAUUCUUCUUCUUGACAGGAGUGAUGAUCUGCUCAUGGAUUGACCUUGUCCUUUGAGAUAGUUUUCAGCUCACCAUGUUUGUAAAAAGUGAUUCUAUGAGUUACUGUAGAUUUCCUGCCAGAUUAAAGCUCACCACACCCCUCUCACAAUGAAGAUGUUUUCCACCAACAGAAUUGCUUAUAUCGCUUAUAUACUGAUAAAUACUGAAAUACUCAAAUCGGUACCAACAAACACACCAAAUGUCAAUGUGAUCAACUGCACUGAUGCUACAUGAUUGGCUAGUUGGGUAUGACCAGGUGUACCUGUUCCUCUUAAGGUGACUGUUCAGUCCAUAAUUUUGCAGGCUUUAAUCAGGCAAAAGUCAAAUUUAGCCUGGCGCAUUCUCUGUUGGAAAAACCCCAAAGCAUGUUAGACCUCACCCCAGACCGGUUAGUAACGGCAGACAUUUUUUCAGUAACAUCAGAACUGAUGUUGUUGCACAAAAAGAUGAUUUCCUCCAUUAGCGCGUAGAUUAUUCUAGACCGAUUCUGUUGGUCACCACCACCACCAAAAUUAGCACCAAAUUUCAUAAGAGUAAUGUCCACGAAUCCAGACUUGUUUGUCCCUCCCUGGUCCUCCGUGAGGUCUUCUCACUGCGCCCCCUACAGUGACGUGCUAUAAAACUGCCCCGUCCAUUUAUUCAGCACCCACACUCAUUAUUUAUGUUUGACCAACAUGACCGAUCUCUCAUGUGGCUCUCAAAAUGUAAAUAUUCUUUUAGAAAAUGAAAUUUGCAAGAUCUGAAAACCAAAGAACAUAAAAAAGUUGAGUUUUGUGUGUUCAAAAAGGAUUUGUGAGA